AAAAAAUGCCUGACCAUGAAUGCAAACCUCGCGUCUGUGCACAGCAGCUCCGAGUAUAGCUCCAUUCAGGCAGUGAUCAAGAAGGCCUCCAAGGCGUCCGGAAGGACGUGGAUUGGAGGAACUGACUGCCAAAUGGAGGGAAUUUGGCUGUGGAGCGACGGCACUGCUUUUGACUAUACUCACUGUGCGAACUUUGACAACAAACAAUCGAAGCAGCACUGUCUUGUCAUGAACUACGGAGGCAACAAGUGCUGGGAUGACGAUAGAUGUUCCAGAGAAUUUCCGUCUGUCUGCGUCAAAGGAAGAUCUUACCCUGGGAUAGGAUGAAGCACACACAGACACACACACACACUGCUUUGUGUUUGCUUUUGCCAUCUCGUUUUACUCCUUCACCUCUUUACAGUCGCUGCAACAAUUUCUAAAUUAGAGGAACUAGUCGACAUCAACAGGAGCUGCUGGGUUGUGUCUGUAGGUUUUGUGUCUUUAAUAAGAGGAAACUAAAUUGAUGCUUCUAACUCGCCCUUAUACUGGCGAGGGAGCCGCUUUUCUUCAUAAACAAAUGCAAAUAAAAGCUUCAAGCAAUG